AUGGAUGCAGGUAUUUCAGCCAUGGCUCCACGAAACGGCCAGCCUUCUGCAAGAGCACAAUUAAGGAAUAAUUUACUGAAUAGCGAUAUAGGAAACAUUGACAUUCGAGAAGAAACUCCCAUUUCAGGCCAGGAAAAAAAUAGCGGUAACAUCAGCAACCAGUCCUUCCCCAUGCCACAGCAACAGCCACAGCAACAACAGCAACAGCAAUAUCAGAUCCCCCAACAAUACUAUCGCAACAAUUCCAAUGAAGCUCCGAUGCCAGUUCCAGUGCAAUAUCCGCAAAUGCCUACGCAAAUGCAUCCGCAGCAGCAGCAGCAGCAGCAGCAGCAGCAAUAUGACUUUGGGUACUCCGAUCCAUCGACGAAUGGAAUACCAGUAAUACAGCAUAAUUUUCCUAAACCAACACCAAGCAAUAAUCGGAACAGUACUAAUACCAGAAAGUCAUCCUCUCUAACUCAAAGUUCAUUUUCCAAUUUCUUCAAGCAUAAACAUCAAUUUGGUAAGUCCAAGAAAAAAACAAAAGGCGGAGCUGGAGAUGGUGACGAUGAUGACGACGUGAUCAUGGAAGAUUCUACCAGUGCAGACUUAACUUUCAAUGAUAUCCAGACGUUUGGCCACAAAGGUGGCGACAAGUACGGAUACGGCGGUGACUCUACACCUAUCAUCCCCACUUUAGUGACUAAAGAUCGCGGGAAUAUGACUAAUACUGAAUAUAGGAAGUACCUCACGAAUCAAAGAAAAAUUGCAAUGAACGCCAUGGCAAAGCAAACCCAAAAUGUCGGGGCAGACUCGUUGCCGCCUAGAGCAAUGUCUUUGCAAAGUUUCCCGAACGGUAAUCCUAUGGUGCAAGCUCCCACUCCACAUCCGUUAUUCCAACCGAACAACACGAUGAAUCCUAAUAACUCAAGGUCAAAUUCAUUAAUGAGUGGGCCUCCUCGACAAUUUCAGCAGCAGCAGCAGCAACAAAGAGGACCUCCGUUGAAUCAAUAUAAUAACCGACCAGGACAAUUUCAGAAUCCUUCUCAACCGGUUAUGCGUCCUGGCCAACAACCACCUCAACAACCGCGUGCUAUGUCAUUAACCAAUUCGCCAAGAUACUCGCCUCAAAAUGCUAGACCAUUCGUGCCUCAACAGCAGAUACCGCAAAGACAGCAACAACUCCAGCAGCAGAUACCGCAAAGACAACAACAACAACAACAACAACAACAACAACAGAUGUCUCAGAAUUACCGUGCAAUGUCAUUACAAGCUCAAAACUUACCUCAAGGGCCUAACCGAGGGAACCUAAUUGACGGUGAUCGUAGAGCAAUACCUGCUAAUCAAUCAAUAGGUCCAUCCUCAAUUUCCUCACGAAAUAAUUCAGCUUAUUCAAUACCAAAUGUAAAAAACAAACCACCAACCGCAUCUUCUUCUUCCUCUACUACUUCUACUUCCUCCUUUGUAGAUGGUACAGCAGUACCUGAUUUGGCAACCCAAAAGUCUUCACCUUUACGGAAGCAAAUUAACAACAACCUAGCAAUUGAAAACAAGGGCAAGCUAAACGUUUUGCAGUUGUCUGCUCCUCAGCAAGAUGAACUAAAGGAAAAGGAAAGAGAAUUAGCAGAAAUGGAGAACUCCUUACGUGAAAGGGAGCUAUUAAUAGCGCAAAAAGAAAGGGCAAAAAUCGAAACUGAGACCAAGGAAUCGAAGGAAACCUUGCGAGAAGAAGACGAUUUAAACCUAAGGCCUACAAGUGCACUAGAAACCGGCUUAAGGGACCUUUCAUUGGAAGGUGAAAAUGCGGUGGCUAAUAGGUCGUCUUUAGUCACCUUUUCAUCCACAUUCAGUGAUUCUCCCUCCAAGCAAAAAAUUUUUAAUGCCAGAACUGGUAUGUACAAAUUAGAAAAUUCUACCGAUAUUAAUGAAUACGUUACAGCUCAAGAAUUUCCUCCACCUGGACAAAAUGAUGCCAAUACAGAUAACGUUGAAGCCAAAACAAUGGAUGAAAGCAGGUCAGGUUACAAUGAUAGCAACAGAACUUAUUUAUUGCAAUCUAUACCGGAAAGGGACCCAAAAAGAAACAUCCCAGUGGGUACUAUCAAGCAGGGUCAAGCCAGUAGCCAUGACAAAAGACUAAGCAAUGUUAACAUAUCUAUGAAUCAAGAAAAUAUUAACAAUGACACUUUCCUGUAUAGAAAGAACGACCGCGAUGGUCACUUAUCGGCGGUUUCCUAUAUGUCCGGCUCCUCUCGUAGAUCGUACAUAUCAAAUACACAGCCAUUGAAUAUUGACCCCACUCCAGAACCUGAUAAUUUCAUGCCCAAUAUGGACGGUUCACCUUUAAAAAGAAGCAUUGCUCCAAUUGCCAAAAUCAAUGAUAAUGAUGAUGGUGAUGAUGGUGAUGCGAAUGAUGCUCAAGAAGAUUUCAGCUUUGAUAAUACUCUGGCUAAGUCGUAUGAACCAUCUUAUGCUAAAAGAGAAAUUGCUUCUACCACGUUAAACGGUAGAGAAAGCGGUUCUCAGUCCAAGAUGAUAACUAUAUCCGGAGAACAAUUAAACUUGAUAACGGAAAACAAAGAACUGAUGAGCGAACUGACUCUUGUCUCCACAGAAUUAGCUGAAUCGAUAAAGAGAGAAACUGAAUUGGAGGAGAAAAUACGGUUAUACGAAACUAAUAACUCAACACCGAACUUCGAUGACACUUCAUGCGUAUCCUUUUCUGAUUUUGAGAAGGAACUAAGGAAAAAAUCUAGUAAAAUUGUGCAAUUGAUUCAGCAACUAAACGAUGAGAGAUUGAAGAGAUUUAUUGCGGAGGAACAACUAUUACUACAAGAAAAUGGCAUCAAGCCCAGUUCUAUAGAAUUGGUGGCAAAGAUCGAAAACUUGAACAAACUCAUUGACGAAAAGGAUUCAGAAAUCGAAAUGCUUAAAAGCCAUCUGCAAUAG